AUGGUGUCUUCGUGGCUGUUCCUGGGGCUCACCUUGCCUGCAGCGGCGCAGGUGAAUCGAUCUUCCCACUUUCUUGGAAGGCAGGCGGUGGAGGUCAGCUCCGAAGGCAUCCGCUGUGGUGGACUCGACCUACCAGAGAACGCGGGUUGCAAGCAAGUGGUGGAAUGGGCAGCCGGUGGGGGCAAGUGGGACAGCUCCGCAGGGGGCUGGUACCAUAGCAUGAAGGCGAUCACCGGCGUCAGCCAUGAGCAGGGGAAUCUGGAAGACUUCCAGCGCCUCUACUACUGCUCACCACCAGGGGACUCCUUCUGCGGCCUGCCCCCCUGCACGGGAUGCAGCAACCCACCCUGCAGCGACUGCUUCGCUGGCAACCAGCUCUAUGCAAGCCACCGCCCCGGCUGCGAUGGCAACGAUCGGGGCGUGGGCUGCGUCCCCCCGAAGACAGCCAUGGGCUACAAAGGCCAGCACUGGCCGACCACGGUCAUCCACGGAACUGGGGAGAUGCACAUCUUCGCCAUUGGGGACUGGGGUGGCAUGGAUGGUUCCCUGGACCCACCGGAGGGUCGGAACACCAUCGUGGCUUAUGACUGGGGACGCCGGCCUGGGCCGAGCGUCUUCCCCAGAAGCCGGUGGAACAAGAUGCACACCGUGCAGCUCUGCGACCACAAGCAGCUUGUGGAGUGCUUCAACACACGCGGGCAGCCCCCGUGCGCCGCGGAGUGUGGCUACGUGGCAGGCGUGGACGACGAGCCGCAGAUGCUUGUGGCAAACGCGUUCAAGGCGCGAGCUGCGCUCGUCGACCCACAGUACAUCCUCAACGUCGGGGACAAUUUCUAUUGGGGUGGCAUCGAGAAGACAUGUGGGAGCCCGAUGGACCAGAUUUCUUACCCAACCAAGCACCAGUUCGACCAGAUCUUCGAAGGCGUGUAUCAGGGAGCCGGUCUCAGCAACAAGCCCUGGUUCAGCGUGCUGGGCAACCAUGACUGGGGAGGCUUCAAGUUCGACAACGGCUGGGAUCAGCAGAUCUCCUACACCUGGGCCAGUGAUCGUUGGGUCAUGCCCGCGCCGUACUACAAGACGUCCGUUGUCUAUGCAGACCUCGACUUCGACGUGGACUACUUCUUCCUGGACUCGAACUUCAUCGAUGCCAUGCCGCCAGAAGAGGACCCGAACCACAACAUGUGCAGCCGAAAGCACAACAGGCCCUCCGCGAGCUGCGCAGCCACGGAUGGCCCCGAGUCCGUGGACAGCUGCCCCGGCUGGUUUGCCUCGCUUUGGGCGGAGCAGAAGCCGUGGGUCACGGAGCUGAUGGGACAGAGCAAGGCCAACUGGCAGGUCGUCGUCACCCACUUCCCCUGCGGGCACGAGCAGGACUUCUACGCCUCCCUGCGCAAGCUCGGGAUGGAUCUGCUGGUCACCGGACACCGGCAUGACCAGGAACUCUGGCUUCCGGAUGACUAUGCCAAGAACCACAUGGGCGUCACUUGCAUCGUGACGGGCGGUGGUGGCGGCAUCACCUCGGAGGCCACGCCGAACCCCGAGGACACGGAGGACUGGUAUGGCGAGGCACAGUAUGGCUUCUAUGAUCUCACCAUCAGCAAGUCGGAGAUUUUGAUCGAGUCCAUCAACUACGAUGGUGAGGUGUUGCUGACGCACACCGUGCACCCAUCACGGUGA